CAUCAAGACAUAGCCGCAGUCUAAUAAAUUCAAAAGUUGUCCAAGCUCGCCAUUGCUGGUAUUCCUCCACGUCCCAAUUCCUUCGGCCCCGGAGUCUAGCUCUCUCGCUGCUCUGGACCUCCAAGCUAUCCCCAUCUUGAACGCAGAGCCAAAAGGAUUUCGAUUCCCUAAUUUCCCAAUCGUGUUCGAUUUCUUUUCCCAGCGGUAGCUUCCACUUCCGAUUCCACCCACCCGUCUCCGAGUUUCUGUUGUCUUCUGUGGAAAUUGCGUUUUUCGGAUUCUAGGGUUUCCCGAAUCGAAUUUGCUAGCUACCGAAGUCACACUGUACCAGUUCUUCAUCUUGUUUAUCAAAAUUCUAGACAUGGCUAUCCGGGUUACUUUCAACUUCUCCGGCUUUGUCGCCAAAAACCUGGCAUCCUCGGCCGGCCUUCGGGCCGGCCAUUGCCGCACCGCUCACGAGUGCUGGUUCCGUCCUCGGACCUUCGGUCCGAACGAGAAGCCCGAGCACGAUACCUCCGGCACGGUGCGCAAUUACCGAUCCGAUGUGGACCGUCCUAAACCGAAUAACUGGGGCAAAAAUUCGGCUUCUCUGUACUCCACUCUCGCCGGAGAGGUUAUCGGGGAUAAGUGCAAAAGCCCGAUUGUGCUGGGCUCGAUUUCGAUUAUGAAGUCAACGGCCUGCGCGUCGGGUACGUCGGCCACGGCGCUCGGCGUUUCCGGGGUUUCGCCCAUUAAGGCCUCGUCGAUAUUUCCCUUCUUACAGGGAUCGAACUGGCUUCCUUCUAGUAACGAGUCGGCUAGUGGGGUUGUGGAUAAAGGGGGAACACAGUGUUGUGAGGAGAGCUCAGAGUUCAAACAGAAGACGUUGGAGAAUAGCGGGUGGUUAUCGAAGAUAUUGAGUUUGUGUUCGGAGGAUGCCAAGGCUGUGUUCAUUGCUCUGACUGUGAGCUUGACGUCUCAGUCGUUUUUGGCGGAGCCGAGAUCGAUUCCGUCGUCUUCGAUGUACCCUACACUGGAUGUCGGCGACCGCGUUUUGGCCGAGAAGGUUACAUACCUUUUCAGGAAGCCCGAUGUUUCAGAUAUAGUAAUUUUUAAGGCACCAAUAUUACAGGAAGAUGGCUUUUGUUCUGGCGAUGUGUUCAUCAAAAGAGUCGUGGCAAGGGCUGGAGACUAUGUUGAGGUUCAUGAUGGAAAAUUAUAUGUGAACGGCGUUGUUCGAGAUGAAAAUUUCAUUUUAGAGCCACUUGCUUAUGAGAUGGAUCCUGUGCUUGUUCCCGAAGGUUCCGUCUUUGUGAUGGGAGACAAUCGCAACAACAGUUUUGAUUCUCAUAACUGGGGUCCGCUUCCUAUAGAAAACAUUAUAGGGAGAUCAGUGUUUCGCUAUUGGCCUCCAUCCAAAGUAUCAGACACCAUAUAUGAACCACAAGUGGGUAGGAAAGUGGUGGCAUAUCUGGGCAUUAUCGUCAUUUUACUACUUCACGAUCCUAAACUGGGUUGGAACCUGCCCAAAGCCCGUACGAGUUACGAUCGCCGACGACCAAAAAGGGGCGCUAACAGUAACAGAGUCCGACUGUUGACGAAACAACUGAUGACAACGAGUCGUUUCCCUGUGCCCAUGUCCCUUCUCCUCCUCCACUUCCUCGUCUACUUUCAACUCCCAACCUUAAUUCUAGCAUAUAUUCCUUCCUCAAACACCUCGAACUCAAGCCACAACUACAUACAGGAUGUUUUGAAGGAAAUAUCGGCGAGGCAGAGGUGGGAUUUGAAUGACGUUAGGGUUUCGAAGUUGGAUCUGAAGAAGGUCCGGUUUGGGAGUGCUCAACGGUACGAAUAUCGGGUCGCGUUUGGCAGGACUCGACUGGUGUUGAAAUAUGUGGAUGGAGUGGAUUCUUGGAAGAAGCUCGGGACUGAAAAAAGCGAUUUUGGGUCUUUGGUCGGCGAGGUUGGUUCUAUGGGCGUGCUUGAUACGUUUAAAGUGGAGGGUCCGUUUGAGUUGCUGGUCGGUGGUAGCGAUGAGGUUUCGCUACAGUUGCCGAUGAACGCUUCUAUUAAGGGCUUGAAUCGAGUUCUUGUUGGUGAAGGCAUCACGGUGGAAGUGAGAAGAGCGCAAGAAGUAUCUCUCUUCCACUCAUCCAAUCUUGGGUUUUUGGUAAAUAGAAGUCUUGUGAAUAACGAGGUGAAAAAUGAAUUCUGGGCCUUUCGCCAUUCUAUGUGCAUCCCAUUACUUCCUAUACAAGUUCUAGGGGCUGCAUCAUUAAUUGCAUAUAAGACUCGAAAUAGGGAUGCAUACAUUGAAACUCAAUUGGUUUCUAAGGACACAAUUGAAUUGUUGCCUGAGAAGUGUUACGGAGUCUUCAAGGAGCAUGAUUGCCCCAUUGAUUCCUUGAGUUCGGGGAUUGCCAUGGUGGAAAGAGUUUUGCGGAGCUUUCUUGGUGAUAGAAUUCUUCAAAAACAAUUGAGAUUUCUCAAAACUAAGAUCAAGGCAUCUGCUAUCAUCCGCUUUCAGCUAGAACUGGAAAGACAUGUCAGGAGCAACGACACUCUCCACACUAAGUUGGCAGAGUGGAGAACAAAGCCAAAUGUCCAAAGAAUAUGGUUUGAGGUAAUGGCAAGAGUUGAAGCAGAGAGGCUGAAGCCCCUUUCGAUCGAGAAGGUGAAUCCUUUCAUUGAAGUAGAUACAGUUUCAUGGAGCAAUUUAAUGGCGAAUGUGUCCUUUACACAGUUAGGGUCCAUCCUUGUUCCUCCAGAGGCUCUAACUCUGGAUGUGAAGUGGUAGGAUGAAAUUGUUGUAUUAUAGUUGUGAUUUGUGUCAUUUUCUGCCUUGUUUGAUGAUGAAUUGUAUAAGCUACCUGUAUCAAGCGCACUUUUAAUUGGUUCGCAUGUACAUAAAUUUCAAAGAAAACGAGGAAAUGAAUUAAAUUUGCAAACUAGAUUCUAUCCA